CUUUGCUCUGCUCUUCAUUCACUGGGAGGAAAAAAAAUAUAUAUAUCCCAGCCCAAAGUCAGGCACGGCGAGACAUGUCUCCUGUUUGACUAGUAUUGCUGAGAUGUUUUCGUUGAUAUAAGAGAGAAAUGGGUUAAUAGCUGUAGUAAUAAAUUAAACUGGCACAAUGUUAAGGUUUCUUACAGUAGGAAACGCGAAUAGGUAGCUGUAAGGUGUGUGUUCUCUGUCUCAUAGACUCCGCUGUCGUUUAUCAGGACUAGAGCAGGUGAGCUAGCCGGCUAACUACCUGAGCUGGCUGGCUGUGUGUGUGUGUGUGUGUGUUCUCCAGCAUCUGUGAGCAGAGUGUUUAGUGUUCAGUAGCUGCAUGGUUUUGUACUUGACUUGACGUCGACAUGGAGCUGUUUCAGGCAAAGGACCAUUAUAUUCUCCAGAGUGGAGACAACGCUCUGUGGUGCAGCAGGAAGGAUGGCUCCCUGUCUGUGAGAGCCGCAACUGACCUGCUACUAGCUUGGAAUCCAAUAUGUUUGGGACUGGUGGAAGGCGUUAUUGGAAAAAUUCAACUUCAUGCGGACUUUCCUCUGGGCCUGAUUCUGAUCCGCCAGAAAGCUCUUGUGGGCUUAUUGCCAGGGGAACACAAGGUAUACAAGAUCACAAAAAUAACAGUUAUCCCUCUCUCAGAAGAUGAACCACAGGACCUGGAAUUAGAGCUUUGUAAGAAGCACCACUUUGGGAUCAACAAACCAGAGAAAAUUACCCAGUCUCCAGAUGACUCCAAGUUCCUGAUGAAGACUCUGAGUCAAAUCAAAUCCAAUGUUGCUGUUCCCAUCAAGAAAAAGGUCAAAGAGAAUAAAGAAAAGGAGCGUCUGGAGAAGAGACUGCUCGAUGAACUCAAUAAGAUAUUCAUGGAUUCUGAUUCCUUUUACUACAGCCCCACUUAUGACCUGACAAAUACUGUACAGAGACAGGGAGCCUCAGACAAGUCUGAUCUGCCUCUUUGGAAACGGGUUGAUGACAGAUUCUUCUGGAAUAAACACAUGAUACAGGACCUAAUUAACCUUCAGGUUCCUGAGGUGGACUUUUGGAUGAUCCCCAUAAUCCAAGGCUUUGUGCAGGUGGAGGAGCUGGUGGUGAACUACAACGAGAGCUCAGAUGAGGAAAAAAGCAGCCCAGAGACACCGCUGCAGGAGCAGCACACCUGUGUGGAUGACAUUCACCCGCGCUUUACGGUGGCUCUCAUUUCCAGACGCAGCCGUCACCGCGCUGGCAUGCGCUACAAACGGAGAGGAGUGGAUGCUGACGGACAUGUGGCAAAUUAUGUGGAGACAGAGCAGCUAAUCCACGUGCAUAGUCACACGCUGUCAUUUGUGCAGACACGAGGCUCUGUCCCUGUGUUUUGGAGCCAAGCUGGGUACCGCUACAAUCCCAGACCACGUCUGGAGAAAGGAGAGAAAGAAACCACUCGCUAUUUUGCUUUGCACUUUGAGGAGCAACUUAAAAUUUAUAAAAAACAGGUCAUAAUAAAUCUGGUGGACCAAAAUGGGCGUGAAAAGUUGAUUGGCGAUGCAUACCUUAAACAGGUGCUGCUCUUCAACAACCCCAACUUAACCUACAUCUCAUUCGACUUCCAUGAGCACUGUCGAGGUAUGAAGUUUGAGAAUGUUCAGACGCUCACUGACGCCAUCUCUGACAUCAUCACAGACAUGCGAUGGGGCUGGGUGGAUCAAGCAGGAGUCAUCUGUACACAAGAGGGCAUUUUCCGAGUUAACUGCAUGGACUGUCUAGACAGGACUAAUGUAGUUCAAGCGGCCAUUGCACGUGUGGUCAUGGAAAAGCAGUUGAAGAAACUGGGGGUGAUGCCCCCGGAACAACCGCUGCCCCUCAAAUGUUACAGGAUCUAUCAGGUAAUGUGGGCCAAUAAUGGAGACACCAUCAGCCGCCAGUAUGCUGGCACAGCUGCUUUAAAGGGCGAUUUCACACGCACAGGAGAAAGAAAACUGGCUGGUGUAAUGAAAGACGGAGUGAACUCAGCCAAUCGCUACUAUUUGAACCGAUUCCGUGACGCAUACAGACAGGCUGUCAUCGACCUUAUGAUGGGGCUCCCUGUUACGGAGGACCUGUAUUCUAUAUUCAGCAAAGAGAAGGAGCAUGAGGAGAAAGAGAAGGAGAGCCAAAGAGGAGCACAGGAACAGGUCAGCCUCCUCCUUCAGACAUACAUGCAGCUACUACUGCCAGAUGAUGAGACGUUCCAUGGAGGCUGGGCCCUCAUUGACUGCGACCCCAGUCUUAUUGAUGCGACACACAAAGACGUGGAUGUUCUGUUACUGCUGUCCAACUGUGCAUAUUAUGUUGCUUACUAUGAUGAGGAGACAGAUAAAGUUAACCAGUAUCAGCGACUCGGUUUAGACGGCCUGGAAAAGAUUGAAAUAGGCCCAGAGCCCACUCUCUUUGGCAAACCCAAAUACUCCUGCAUGCGGCUGCAUUAUAAACACGGGGAGGUUGGUGGCUAUUUCCACACCCUGAGGGCCGUCACACGGAACCCAGAAGAUGAUGGAAAAGACACCCUACAGUGUAUAGCAGAGAUGCUUCGCAUAACUAAACAAGCCAUGGGGCUUGACCUGCUAGUCAUAGAGAAGAAAUUGGAAAGGAAGCACAGCAAACCUCAUGAAGACAUCCUGGGCAUACAGGGAAAAGCCACUGAGCCACUAAGCUCAGGCUUAGCUCAGGGCAAAAGUUUCUUCUUGAACAAAUUCUCAUCCUUAAAUCAGAAAGUAAAGCAGACAAAAACUAAUGUAAACAUUGGAAACUUUAAGCCCCUCGGCAGACUUGAGAUGAAGGUGAACUUCCUAAAGCCCAACAUGAGGGUGAACCUUUGGAAAUCAGACAGCAGUUUGGAGACUUUUGACGGCAGUCCAGGCCCUGGAGCUAUGAAGGACCUUUGUAAUGACCGUUCAGAUCUAGAGAUCUCCGAUGACUCUGACUCUUAUAACUCAGAUGAGCAGCCAUGCUCAGGCUCCCUGGAGAACGUUGAUUAUGUGCUCCCCAGUUGUGGGAUUGUAGCAUCUGCACCUCGACUUGCCAGUCGGUCCCAGUCCAUUGGAAGCGGUGAACUUGCUGUGCCGUCUGUUAUUCGAGUCACAAGUUGUGAGAACAAGGUCGGGGACAGCUCGUCAGUUGAACCAAACUCUGAGUCUCCUGGUGUGGCCUCAGAAGCAGAGGAGGCCAUCUUGAUUGACUUUGGGACACCAAUCGAUGCUUAUUGCCACCAAUUUGUCCAGGAUGCACAGGUCAAACCAGUAGAAGUGUUCGAAGAAUGCCCGGUGCUGCCACCGAACCCACAAGCACCAGAGGGUUUCAAAGCUCCUCCAGUUUCAGGCUCAAAGCCAGAAACCUCAGACACCCAGCAGCAGCAACUUCCUCGUCCAUCUCAGCUCGAUGUUGAACCUUCAGUCUCAGGAGGAAAACUCCUCACCGUCCAGCCCCCAGGCUCUGCAGCAUCAUGUAGCUCCCAAAAGAGCCUUGGCUCCAUCUUGGAAGGGAGUCUAGGACCUUCUCCAGCAGACAGUAAUGGAAGUCGUGUCGUGUCCCCAUUUGCUAAGAUUAAGAGCUCUGUGGUGCAAGUGGCUAGCAUGACCCAGGCCGGACUCACUCAAGGUAUCAACUUUGCUGUGGCGAAAGUUCAAAAAAGUCCAGAGCCUGAGGCUGUCAAUGAAACGCAGCAGAAUGAGUUCCGAGCUAUGUUUACACAGUGCCAGACUAGGAUCAUUCAGAUAUAAUGUUUGUUUGGCCUUGUACAGAUGCAUUUUAGUGUAGAAUGUGACUUCUAGCACAGUAGCAGUAGCAUAAGUUUGCACAACAAAACAAAACUGUACAGUCAAUUACUUCACAUUUCUGCUCCAGUUAAUAUAACUGAUGUUUACAGCCAGUGUCGUGCAGUGUGUAUUUAUAUAUAGUACACCUAAGCUGAAUCUGACUGUGCCCUUAUUCUGACUAAAAUCCUUAACAUUCAUACAUUUCUGGUUUUGCAUGUUGAGAAAUCUUAGGUAGAUUGGGGCAAGCAAGGUUUAUUGCAUGUCGAGAGUCAAGAUCUAGUUUAAUCACAUGUGACACCUGCUGUGCAGUGCUCUUCUUUGCAUCUGUUGAGUGUUGUAGCUGUAGCCGAAACGUAUAAUAAAAAAAAAAAAAAAUCGGACUUAAAUAUCUAUUCGAUGGGCAGCUCAGUGUUAGACAGUAGAAAAGGAGGAACGUAAACAAAGCUCCAUGUAGUUCAAGAAAUAUUUGUUGUGUUUCAUGUCAGUAGAAAUGUCCCAACAUAGGACCAGAAUUCUACUUUAUAAUCUAUGGUAAAAUAUUGUCCAGUAAAAUAUUCUGAGUCUUCAGAAGUGGGGCCUUCCACUUAAUAUAUUUAGAUAGAAUACAUAUAUUUACAUAAAAUUUACUGAUUGUGAUGAUAGGAAAGUUGCCAGUUCAGAUGGACAUUUGGGACACUUUGAACUCCUAACUUUUUUUUUUUUUAAUUAACUUUUGAAUUUGAAAAGGUUUGCGUAAAGGUACAAUAAGAAGAUCCAUCAAAACUUGAAUAUUAAAGUAUUGGUCGUAAAUAUCAAGUGGAACAUUUAGAUAAAAAGCGCAGACUUUGGGUGGAACACUGCCUUUCUCAUCUCCUUGCUUUGGAUUUUACUGUAUAUUGUGCUAAAUACAUAUAAUGGUGAUUUUAUUCCUUGUGCUGCUAAAAAAGCUACAACUUGGUAACAAGACUCCUACACGAAUUACUUAUUGUACCUUUAUCUUAAGGGAAUAAUAUAUUUAAGAUUAUGAAUAUUGUUUUAUUUUCUAGAUUAUGCAAGUAACACCUGCUUAGUUUCCCCCCAGAAAUACUUUAGGAUUAUGGUAAAGUGGUCAGUGUCUUUAAAUUAUACUCGUGUAAAAUGUUUCGUUAUUUCAGAAGGGUUUAUUUGCAAAGUGAACCUGCAUCAAGUAUUUGCUUGACAAAUAUAUUUUGAUAUUCAAACAUGCAGACAACGGUGAAGUUGAUCUAUGUAUAAGGAUAAACAAGUAACUGUGUGUGUGUGUGUGUGUAUGAUUACAUACAGUACUUUGACUGCUUAAAGCUUUAUUUGAUGCAGAUCAGAUGUAAAGGACCCAGGCCAAACAUAACACUGUAAAAUGCUUUUUGCACUCUUAUAUUUAUAUCCAGUGUCUUAUCAUAUUAGGUGCAGGGUUGUGUGUGUGUGUGUUUUUUUUUUUUGACAAGUAUGACUUAUAAGUCAGGUAUGUAUAUUUAAUUCCAUUUUUAUUCAGGUUAUUUUGCUGUGUCUUGAGUGUAAUAAUUUCUGGUUAUGUCACAUCAAUAACCUGUUCAUUGAUAUGUUCAUGCUCAGGCUUGAGGUAUGACCAUUAGCAUGCUUUUUAAUUGAUUUUAAAGCAUGUGAUCAGUACUGUUCAAGGUGGUACCGCAAAUUUACCACACUUUAUACUGUAUUUUCUGGGGAUUUUUAAUUUAAUUAGGAAGUUAGUGCUGUGAUUAUGAAAGAAUUGUAUACAUCUAAAUUUAAGCAAACACUCUUCAAUUGAAUAAUUGAUCUAUUUCUUCUGAACACUUCUACUUGCCUCUUUUAGUGGUGAUUCAGUCACCAGAGUAAGGGGGGGGGGACCAGUUUCAGCACUCAGGCCAUCCCUCCUGAUGAUAGCUCUAGCUUGCUAGAUAAAAGAGCUGAGAAAUAGUAACAAUAAGGUCUCUGUACAUUAAUCAAAGCUAAGUAAUUAAAGUACAUACUUUGUGUUUAUAGUAAGAUGCAUUAAAUUCUGUAGAGUCUGCAAGUUUUAAAUUCCGUUACAUUGAUGGGAAUCACAAUCCGAUGUUAUUUAUUAAGUUCUUAUAGUUAAUAGAAUAUUUGACAGCUCAGUUGAAUUGUAUGGGUUUAAUACAAAUCUCAUUAACUCAAGUUAGUCGGUUUAUAAAUAAUUUCAACAUAUUUUUGUGCACAUUUAAAUAACGAACCUAGGAAUACCCUGAAUAAUUGGAUUAUGUGCAUAAAAUUAACCUGACCUGAAUGGGUCUGUAGGAUGUCGUAGUAAUAAUAAUAAUAAUAUUCUCUCCCCUUCCCCAUUUAAAGGGGUCCCUGUGUGCAGAAUGCUUAAGAACCCUUGCAUUAAAGGACCAAAAUGUUUCUGGCAUAGUGUUUUUGAUAAAAGGGUGACUACUCUCUCUAGCUAACUACACGCAGUAAUUUUAGAGUCACCAGAUUGAGGGGGCAAGAUAUUUGUGUCUAGUUUGCAUUGUGUGGAAUAAAGAUUACAUUGACGUUUUCUAUCAAGUCCUUUGUGGUGGAUAUUGCAGUAGUUUUCAGACUUUUCUGUGUACUUUGGACCAAGAUACUGUAGUCUGCACUCACCUUUUAGUUUUCAUCUAUUUUUGUUUAGCUGCACUGAAUAGGUGUUGUAAAAACUGGGUUUUUGCAGUGAGGAUUCUUAAGGAUUUAUUUGUAGAGACUGAGCAUGAACAGGCCUGACUGCUCCAAUAAUACAUUAUGAAUUCUGUUAAAAUGCAAUAGACUAACAUGUAACAUAGCAAAUACAUUAAUAGCAGAAUGCGCCUUUUAAACAAUAUGCAAAGGCUAGGCUGUAGGCAGCCACAACCGUGAAUAACAAUUUUUUUUUGUGCCUUUUCAAGGCUCAGCUUGUUUCUGUGACUCAUGAUGAGCGCUGAUAAUUACAGCAAGCUUGAGGAUGUGUAGGUCGCUGAAGCGAAUGGAUUACAAGUGGUAUUUUUAUAAAACGAAAUCUUGAGGAUGUCAGUGUAGUGUCCGUUAAAGCAGUGACCUUGCAUGGUCCAAUUGCUGCACUUAUGGUAGACAAGAAUUAUGUGGAUAACCCAAUAAUUCUCAUUAUAUACAGUACAUCUGCCAUGUAGCAUAAACUGACCUAUAUAAAACCUCAUCAACCUGGAGUAUAACACGGAAUGGAUUCCAUUCCAUGGGUCUCGUUUGUUAAAGACUCCAUCACAUGGCUGCCGAUGACUAGCACAAACCCUUUCAGCUUGAAGGUGAUGAGCCCACAAGCUGGUUCCAUAUCACCAUUUUGGACUGAGCCUAAUAGGAACAUAAGUGUGCAUCAGAUGUGCACAAAUGCCCCCAGAGUCCUAGUAACCCAGAUCUUGGCAUGGUACCAUUACUUAUUUGUACCUUUCACUGGGGUAUUUAGGAUCACUCUUUGUCUGACCCCUCCCUUCCAAUCUGGUCAUCAAGCGCAGACCUUCUAGGAGCGUUAAACUCCUGGUGACACAGCCCUGAGGUUCAUCAAAGUCCACAAGCUCUUUCACCAAAACAGUUUCUUAAUCCGUGAAGAAGAGGAGGUUGUAUAAAUCAUGUUUCGUAUAAUGAAGCACGUGGUCAUCUCAAGCCUGAGAGAGGAUGUAUGAGUGUUUUAUGGAUCGUGUCUUUUGAAUUUAGUUUUGUUUAAUGGUUGUACGUUCUCCCUUUAUGCAUAUGGUGUUUUUUAAUUACUGUAAUUUAAGAUGCAAAUUAAGUAUUGACAUCAAGCCAUACAACUGACAUUUCAACAAUAUCUUUAACAUCAUUCUGAUACCUACUGACUGUCUGAAUAUCAACAUGCUGGUUAUAAUGCAGGUUUGAUUUGCUGUAUGCUGGGAAAUGGGUUUUACCUACAGGUUGAUUUGCCAUUCAAGAUGGCAUGCACUGGACUAGAAUUUAUUCUAAUGCUGUUCUAAUAAUUUAGAAUAUUAGUACAAGAUGGUGGUACGUAAAUGUAAACCUAUUCAAAGAGCAGUUCUGUGCAAGUAUACAUUCCUGUUCCAUUGAUUUUUUUUUUUUUUGUAUUUUCUAUGCAUUAAGAGGUGCACCUUCAUUGUUUUCAUUCACAGAAUUUCCUGAACGGACCAUAAUUUCACACAAAGUGCUUUGGAACCGAUGCAUAAUUUGCCAUUACCACUUUGUCAUAACCAACAUGUAUAAUUUAAUUUUUUUUAAACGUCUCAAAUGUUAGCUUCAUUUAAAUAUCAUGUGAGACAUCUUUCCCACUCAUGUUGGAAAGAAUUCUGUACCUAGAAUUUUAUUGUAUAAUGGACCAUUUAUUCUUAAUGCUUAUUCACUCUUAACCCCCUGUAUUUGAUAACUGUAAAA